ACGAAUUUUUAUAAAUUAGCAAAAGGUGUGUAAAUGACCUUGGAACUGUAUGACUCAUAAAAAGGUGAGUCCGAAUAUGUCGGUAAUGCAGUUUGGAACGAAUUGUCCAUAGCAGAAGCAGGCCAUUUUAUCGAUUUGCUUGUUUUCGUGUGCAUUUUUGACGUUUCAUAUUUUUCGAAAACGCCCAUAAGUAUUAAAACUUAAAAUGGCCAGUUACAGUGAAGAUCAAUUGGCAGAGUUCCAAGAAGCCUUUCAACUAUUUGAUUCUCGGGGUGAUGGUAAAAUAGAUGUUAGCUUGGUUGGAGAUGCUUUGAGAGCUCUUGGUCAAAAUCCUACUGAAACUGAAGUCAAAAAGUUCACCCAUCAACUUAAACAUGAUGACCGCAUUUCUUUUGAAGUAUUUCUACCCAUAUAUCAGGCUAUCUCAAAAGGGCGCUCAGCAGAUACGGCUGAAGAUUUUAUUGAAGGUUUGAGGCACUUUGAUAAAGAUGGGAACGGUUUUAUAAGUUGUGCCGAAUUAAGACAUUUGCUUUGUACUUUGGGGGAAAAACUUACUGAUGAGGAGGUCGAGCAAUUGCUUCAAAACCAAGAAGAUUCUCAAGGCAACAUCAAUUAUGAAGAAUUUGUAAGAAUGGUCAUGUGCGGAUGAAUACAUAAAAUUGAAAGUAUUUUAAAUAAGCAUUCAUUCAAUUUGUUAAGAAAUGAAAUGAAAUUAUAAUAUCGAUUUUUUAUAUUCCUGUAUAAUAUAUAAUUUUUAUAGCCAGUA